AGUGACCUAUAACCUAAAGUUUAGUGUCACCCUCAGCUGUUCUGUUGGGGGGAUCUAGCAGCUGCUGCUUAAUACCACAGGCAACUUGUAGCUUACUCCUAGUUUCUAGGAUUAGGAUUAAUCUACUCAUCUGGUACUAUGAUUUCAAACUGUCUAUGAUUAAUCUGCACAGUAAUGUGGAAGGGGGGAAUUUAUUCUGAAGCAUAGUGCUGAAUUUUAAUGGGGCCCCCAAAAAGCCUUUUUUGUGAUAAUCAAAAAGUUUACAGUUAAAAACACACUUUUUUUUUAACAAUAAAAGUUAGAAGAUAUAACAGGGAAAUGAGCUGUGGAAACAUUAUUCUGAAAGAAUACUAAAUAUGAAAGACAUCUGUAUAUAUAAGUUUUAAAAACAAUUCCUCCAUGCAAUUCUUCUAAAAGAAGUGUAAUUCUGAAAUUGAAUCAGUGGAUAUGGUUUUGGUAAUAGAGGCUGGAAAAGAAAGGGAUGAUGGGUUUGGGGAGGGGUAAUUGAUCUAAAAAUAUAUUACUGACAGUUUUGUGCAGUAAGCAAUUCAGUGGAAAAAAACAAGUACUGUAAUUUUUUUUUAAGCAAAUCUUCAUAAUUUUAUAUGCACUCGUAACAGCAAACAAGUCUUGGAGAUCAGGAUUCAGGACAAUAGCUUGCUGGUUUAAAAGUCCACAAUUUACAAGUGGACAAAACUAGAUUUUUAAAAAAUUAUCAUUUGCAUAUAUCGUUUUUCCAUUUCCUUAUCGAGUGUCAGAUGAUGUUCACAGAGCUCAGGGCCAUCCUCUACCCUUCAGAUAAUGACAGGGAAAAAAAAAAAACUCAGACAGCUUAAUGCUACCAAACUAGGGGUGUGUCGAUGCUCCGUUUCUCUCUCAAGAAUGAUAAACUCAAUGGGGUUGUCUAUUUUUAACCUCCUGUUCUUUCCUUUGGCAGACUAAUCAGUGUUAGCUGAGAUCUUUCCCUGAAUGAAUCCAAGUAACCCUGUUUGCUGCCUUCUGAAAUGACCAGGAGAGACACAUCUGUACAGAGGCUGCCUUAAAGAAUAAACUGUGGUUCGAAAGUACCAUGUCCAGCCAAGAGAGUUCUGGGGCACUGCCUUCCACAACAACAGUCAGCUCUGUCGCUGUGCAAGCUGGGGACUCCAGGAUUGUCAUAGCUAUCUUGAAGAGUGGAAAAUGGGUACAACUCCAACUGGCUGAAUCCUGUCCCAACCUUCUGGAAAUUGGCAGCAAUCAAGAUGAGACCAAGAAGCUACUUGAGGAUCAUGAACUCCUCCUGACCAAACUCAAGGCUUUAGAAGAUCGGGUAUGGGACCUAUUACAGGAGGCAGACAAAGCGGCAGAAGAGAACAAGGAUCAAUGUCAAGUCUAUGAGGCCAUGGCUGAGACUCUGGGAGACGCCUGGGCAGCCCUGAUCACCAUCCUGGAGAGGAGAAGAGAGCUUCUGAAACUGACUUCAGAGUUUUUUGAAAAUGCUCUAGAGUUUGCUAUUAAAAUAGACCAAGCUGAAGACUUCCUGCAGAACACCCAAGAGUUUGAGAAUGCUGAAUCCUUAAAAUCUCUUCUUCAACUCCAUGAAAGCCAUUCUAAAGAACUCUUAGGACGGUCCCUAACCCUCCUAAACAAAAGUCAACAACUGACUGAAUUCAUAGAAAAAUUCAAGUGUGAUGGACCUAAUAUGAACCCUAAGUUGAUUCAGGGGGCUCAUAGUAGUUGCUUGAAGAUUGACAGCCUUCUUGAAUUGCUACAAGACAGGAGGAGACAAUUGGACAAAUACCUAAAGCAGCAACACCAGGAGCUGGAGCAGGUCCUGCAAAUUUGCCAAUGGGACCAAGAAGAAAACCAGGUAACCUGCUGGUUUCAGAAAACCAUAAAAGAUUUACAAAAACAGCACCUAGGUUCAUCACUGUCAGAAAAUGAAGAAUUAAUUCAUAAACAUAAGGAACUGAUAUUAAAAGCAAAGGAGUGGAAUUCCACUAUUGACAAACUGAAAAGUGAAGCCCUCAGGAUUCUGCUGACAGAAGACUAUGUGGAGAAAGAACACCUCCAGCUUUCAAAUCAGAAGUUGAACCAGCUUCAAGAAGAGUUUGCUCAACUCAUGGAGGAAAGGAAAAAUUUAUUACAUGAAGCAAAUGAUUUCUUUAACAGUGUUAAUAAGGCAUUUGAUAUACUUGGAAGAGCUGAGGCUUGCCUUAAGCUCCUUAAAUCUGAGGGUUUAAGCCUGCCUGUCUUGGCAGUGAGGCAUGAGGAAUUACACAGAGAAAUUAAAGACUGCACGGAGGUUGCUUUGCAAAAGGGACAAGCCUUAAUCAGCCAAGGAGAUUCCUGCAGCUCUCGGAUGGCUGGCAUUCAUGAAAUGAUGGGAUGCAUUCAGAGAAGAGUAGAUCAACUAACCCAGCAGUGUUCUGCUCAUAAGGAACUUGCGCUUAGGAAACAGCAAUUAACUGCCUCAAUGGAGGAAUACCUAAGGAAGGCAACAGUGUCAGUUCAGAAAAUCACUCCAAUACUUUCAACUAGUAUGGAUCUUGGCUCCUGUCUUUCAGAUUCAGAGCGAAUUUUGAGCAAAUACCUGGAACUAAAUAAUCAAGCUAAGGAGACAUCUCAUGAAUUACAAGCAGCUAUGAAAGUCAGCGAAGAAGAAGACAUAUUUGGACCUGCUGAGGAAGUAUCUCUCUUUACUAAAGCUGCACUAAUAAAGGAAGAACUGGAUAUGCUUGUCAGAAAUAUCACCUCCAAGGUGCAAAUUCUCCAAACUCACGUGGCAUUUCUCAAGUCAUCAGAGAAGGUAGAGGAAAUGACUAGGAAUCUAAAAGAAUUUUUCAAAAUUGAAGCUACUCAACAGGAAAAAGGAGAAGGUCAAUCCCUAUCUUAUGAGGAUUCUCCCGAUAGCCAGUGGCAACUGUUUUUAAAGGAGAGUUUUUCAACUCAAGAUCUCGGGCUUGAAUUUCUUUAUUUAAUAAAUAUGGAAAAUAAGGAUAUUAUAUUAAAGGUGGAAAAUGUCACACAUAUUACUGAGAACAUGAUGAAAAACCAAAAUGCAGAAAGGGAGGAGCUCAAGAAUCUCUGGAUUGCAUGGCAGCUUCAGGUGAACCAAGUCAAGUCCAUUAAACAGCAGUGGGCAGCCUUUAAAGAACAGCUAAAAAAGACAACUCAGAACCUGAAACUUCUUCAGGAAAUGUUUACAACAGUGUCUGCUCUUGACCUUGGAGCCAGCCUUCAAACUCUCUUACAUCUACAAAAAAAAUGGAAUCAAAUGAAACCUCAGUUUCAGCAACUGGAUGCUGAAGUCUGCUAUAUUCUAAAAGUAUUUGAAAUGUUACAUGUCAAAGGAGCUCCUGUAAAGGAAAAGACUCAACAGUUAAAGGAGCUCAAUCAACUUCACCAGAAGCAGAAGGAAAGACUCAAAGAUUAUGAAAACAUACUCUCUAAGGCAGUAAGAUUUCAUCAAGUCAAGGAAGAAUUGGACAGUCUCACCAAAUCAGAAGGAGAGUUUCUUGAGUCAGUUCUUGAAUGGGAUGACACCUUCAAUGCUAAAGUUCUCCUCUGUGGUGCUCAAGAAAAGCAAGCUCAUAUAAACCAUCUUUACAAACUUGCCCUUUCCUUGGGAAUGGACAUUAUUACAACAGUACAGCAACCUACCUGCUUUAAUGUUUCUGCAAAGACUCUCCAGCAGGAGCUCGAAAUACUCCAGGGUGACAGUAUAGCAUGGCAUUCCAAAGCCGAUAAAUAUGAAGAGGAGCUGACUCGCGUCUUACAAUACUGUUCUACUAAAGAAGAGAUAAAUGAGCAUAGAGAAUCAUUCAAAGAUAUUAAAAAGAAAUUUAACAAUUUGAAAUUUAAUUAUUCCAAGAAAACAGAAAAGGCUCGCAAUUUGAAAACCCUCAAAAAUCAAAUUCAACAAGUGGAUGUUUAUGCUGAAAAAAUGCAGACCCUAAAGAAAAAAAUGGAAAAUUUUGAGAACAAAAUAUCUGAUUCUUUAUUAAAUUUCCCAAAAAAUAAAAUAACAGUCCUCUUGGAAUCAAUAAAGGACUUAAAGAAACAAGUAGAUGAAUUUGGCAGAGUUGUGGAAGAUUACAAGAAGAAUUUGGAUCUGACUGAGCAUCUUCAGGAGUUGAUGGAAGAGUGUCAAUUUUGGUGCGACGAAGCCAGUGCUACAGUUGUUAGAGUUGGGAAGUACUCCAUGGAGUGCAAGACAAAGGAGGCCAUAGACAUUCUUCAUAAGCAGUUUAAUAAGUUUAUUAUGCCUACGAUGCCUCAGCAAGAAGAGAGGAUUCAGGAGAUCACUGACCUGGCUAAACGCUUAUAUGGUCUGGAAGAAGGGCAAAAAUAUGCAGAGAAAAUAAUAACAAAACACCGAGAGGUUUGGGAAUCCGUGACUGAAUUGUGUGGCUCACUAACAGAACUUGAACAGAAGCUGCAGGAACAAGAGUCAGUGGCAGCUAUUUCAGUUGAUGGAAGAGCAGGGGAGGACAUAUUUUUCCAGGAAGCAUCAUCUUCUGCCAAAGAGGAUUCCCCACAGUCUCUGCUCCUCUCUGAAGAAGGACCUUCAGAGGAUGAAUCUGAUUGUGCCUCCCCAGAUGACAUCUCCUUGCCUCCACUUCCUGGAAGCCCUGAAUCAAACUUCUUGCAGUCUGAAGUGGAGUUUGAGGAGAUGCCCAUGCAGAAUCCCCAGAGCCUGCACAUCAGCUCCUACGAUCUACAGAUGAAGAUCAAUGCCAGUGAUCCAAGAAUGACCCACAAACCUGAUCCUUCAGCACCUGCCACUUUUAUUUCCAGUUGCUGUGGGGAAGAAGCCUCAAGUCCAGUUGAGAGGCCUUUACCUCUCUCCUCAGGACACUGCCCCACGUUCAAAGCUGAUAGCCCUUUCACUACCCUGGAAUUCCUGGAAACAAGCACUACCUUCAGAAAAAUUCAUGUUAAAUCUCCAGAAAGCAUGAUGAGUAAAGUGCAUGAAACGUGUCUGCAACAGUGCCAUCAAGUUCACAAAAGCAUGCUCGAAACCCAAGAACAAUUGCAUGAUAAUAAUAACUUUACUAAAACCCAAGAUAGGCUGCAUGCUAACCCUGAUGCAUUCCCAGGUCUCCUGUUUCAGUCAGACACCAGCAGAAGCUCCCAGGUCACCGGAGAAGAGAUUAAGAGUACAUCAGGAAAGAACAGCCGGGUCAGCCUAGCUGGUCAGGCGCCUAACUUCUCCAGGCUCCUGUCUAAUGUGACAGUCAUGGAAGGUUCUCCAGUGACUUUGGAAGUUGAAGUAACAGGAUUUCCAGAGCCUACAUUGACCUGGUACAAGAAGGGCCAGAAAUUGGCAGCAGAUGGGCAUUUAAAGGUUUUGCACACGGAGACAAAGCACACAGUGUUCAUUCAGAAGGUGUGUGAGACAGAUGCAGGCCUCUAUGUUGCUCGGGCCCAAAACAAUAGCGGCACUCUCUCCUCCAGUGCCAUCCUCUACGUGACAGGUAACAGCGGGCCACCAAUCACAAAAAUAGACUGGAUAACGCUGUGCGUCAUCUAUCUUAGUGUUUCACUAAUGUAUUGGCUACUCACAUAGUAAAUAGAGCAUUGACCCCACGGGAUGUCAUUGUCACAAGCUGAAAGGACAAUAAAUCUGUGUUCCUCUGCCACACCUCCCCCACCAAGUACCCCCAUCUGCUUCUCCUUCAUUUUGGACAUAUUGUGUAGUAAACGCCACUACUACGAGAUGAUUUAUUUUUUCCUUUGUUGUUUUCAGUGUUGUUGUUUUUUUUUGAUAAACUUGAUAAAUUAUUUAUAACAGAGAUGUAUCUUGUGGUCUAAAAGAGUUGUCUUCAAUGUAAUAAAGUCAAAUUAUAUUAUGUUUAUUAUGUUCUAGAGGGAAUUUAGGUUCACUCUCUGAUCAAUAUAUGGAUAUGUGUUAAGUUUGAAAUCCAAUUUAUUUUUGAUCACUUAUUUAUUGUGUACAAUUAUCAACCUCUCUUUUUAGGGUAUAGCACUAAAAAUUGGUAGUACAAAUCAUUUUCAUUGUCACACAUGUCCAUAUUUAUUGUUUGAUUUUGGCUUAUCAAAAUAUUCUUUCUUUGUUUUUUAACAUGGAUUAUGUUACUUAACAGUCUAAGUGUUGUUGCAAAGAGAUUAUAAAUCCCUCUUACUGUUUGAUCUGAUUUCAGUAGUUAGGUGGGUAUCCCACAAAAUUAAAACACAGCAUGGAGCUUAAGUUAACACUAGAAGAUGUACUUUUAAAUCAUUAUCUUCACAAUGAAUGGACCAAAGAUAUAACAUAGAGCCAGAGUUUCCUGCAUACUGAUUUUGGCUCUGUUGGUGAUCAUUUUGUGACAUAAUUAGCAUCUAAUGUCUUAGUUUCCCAUCUUUAAAAUGGGUCUCUUUAUCUACCUCUUAGGGGAGCUGAGAAUUGUCAUUUAGUGCCUUAUAAAGAUAUGGAAAAUAAAAGGCAAUGUGUCAGUGCUAGAGAUAACUAUAGUAUUUGUGAAAUUUUUGUGAUUGUGAUAUCUACCAUUACAUUCAUCUAUAUCUUGCCCACCACCAUUUCUCUGACCAGUUCUCUAAUUUCUAGUUAUUCUGAAAUAUUUUAUUAAAGAAAAAGGUAUUUUAUGUGCGGUAUGGUAGAGUAAAGAGUAUGUUGACUCUGGAAUCAGAAAUACUGGGUUCAAAUCUAGGCUCUGAUGUGUAUUAUUACAUGUGUGAUCUUUAGCACCUUCCAAGCCUAGAACUUUCAUUUUCUCAUCUAUAAAAUUAGGAGUAGAUUUCCUCUAAGUUCCCUUCUAACUCUUAAUCGGUGAGGCUAUGUAAUAUUCCAGCCAAUCACCACCAAAAUGAUCAAUGAUAUUUCCUAAAUUGAUUCUUAAAUGUAUUUUUUUACUUCUUAAUUCUAAAUCCUUGCCAAAGAGAUAAAAUUUGUAGGAAUUAAAAAAAAUUUAAUCAUUUUAAACUUAAAUACAAGAGACAAAAUGUUCCCGUGUAUACAGUACAAUAUAAAAAGAGGAUUCAAUAUAAAACUAUUAAUUUCCAUUUCAGUUUACUUAUUUUGAAAAACCAUGCAAUAAACAUUACACAUCAUUUUUAAAGCUA